AUGAUGAAAAUAAACUUGAUUAUCUUAGCAUUAAGAUUUUAACUUUCAACUUCCUAUUAUUUUAUUUAAUUGGAGGAUGAUCUUUCAAUUUAUACAGUUUAAUUUGAAAUUAAUGCUUAUAACUACUAAACAGAGACUUAAUUUUCUUUUGCUAUUUGGAGUAGGUAUUCUCCACUUUCAAAUAAUAAUUAAGUUGGAUAAGUAGGAAUAUUUGAUAGCAAUUGUUUUCAUUUACAUAAUGUUGUUGAAUAAUCAAGUUAAUUCAUAAAUUUCCUACUUUAUGAUUGUCUUGACUAUUCAACGAAAAAAAUAAAAAGAAAAGUAUAAUUUGUAACAUCAGAUAAUUAAUGGCAUCUUAUUGAAACUAUAAUUGAUAAUUACUCUUAUGAAUAUGUUUGGCAUUUCUUUGGAUUAACAUAAUGGCCAAUACAAAAGAGAUUGUAAUUAAUAUUUAUUUAGUAUCCAAAUAUCAUUGAAGAUAAAAUUUUGGAGUUGAGAUUUCCUUAUAAAGAUAUAAAUUUAUUUUUGACAUUUGGAGGUGGCUUAAUUAUAGAUGAUAAAUAAUAAAUCCCUUAUUUAGAAGGAGUUAAUAAAUUUUCUUAUUUUCCAGGAUAAAUACUUAUAUAUCCUUUUUCAAUUAGUAAUAGUUAGAAUAAUGUUAGGGAUGCUCUUAGAAUAAUUUCUUCAAAAUAAUAUUGUGAUUGUUAUGAUUAUUCUUUCUCUUAAUUUAUUCCAGAAAAAGAUGCAUUUAAAUAAGAUUCAUUCAGUUUUUCAUCUGAACAUCAAAAUUGUGAUUCUUUUUCUUUAUAAACAUGGGUAAGAAUUAUAAAAAUUUAUCCAGAUUAAUAAGAAUUUUAGUUUUAAUUAAUAAAACUAUCAGCAAGUUUUGACAAUCAACAACUAAUUGAUUAGAAUUUAGCAGCAUUUUAAUUAUUUUAUUAUUUAUCUGCAUAACAAAAUUAGAUUAUAAUUACAACUUAUAGUUACACAUUUCCUCUGGUAAAUAUUGACUUUUCAGAAAAUCCUUUUCUUAUUUCUAAGAAAUUAGAUAUUAUGAAUGAUCUUAAAUUAUGGUAAUACAUCUCAGUUGUAUUAGUAGAAAAUGAAAUUUAAGCAAGCAUUAUUUUUUACGAAGGUAGUUAAUAAUACUAUUAUGAUUUUUUUGAAACUGUUUAAUAAUUUCAUUUGAUUUAAUUUAGAUUAGAGUUUGGUAAUAUUUAGAAAUAAACUUCAAAUUAUUUGAAUACUUAAUUUAGAAGAUUAAACUUUGAAAGUUGCCCAUUUAUGUUUGGAGUUUUUGUUGAUUGUCAUUAUAGUUGUGAAGCUUGUGAUGGUCCAACUUAAUCAGAUUGUUUAUCAUGUCGUGAAAAUUCAAAUCGUAUAUAUAUACCUGAAUAUAAAACUUGUGUUUGUUCAUUUGAUUAAAUAGAUUAAAUUAAAUGUAUUGGAUAUGAGAGUUUGAAUUUGAUAGUUUACUAAGAAAAUAAAAAAGAAUUCAAAUGUAAUUAUGGUUAUUAUUAAUAUGAAGAUCAAUGCAUAUAAUGGUAAUUAAUUAUGUAAAAUUAGUCCAUCAAUAAUAAAUGAUAAAUUUAUCACUUGUCUUGAAUGUCUAUAAAACCCUAUAAAAUGGGCAGUCUUCCCUUUUUGUUAUACUGAUUUAUAUCAAGAUUAAGAAAUUUACACUUCCAAAUAAAUAAAUUAUGCUUAAUAAGAUUUUGUUUAUGAUGGAAAUAAUCCAUAAUUAAUUUAAGAAUAUAAUAAUAAUUAAAAUUAAAAUGUUAAUUUGAUAUAAGAUUUUGAAGAAUCAAAUUAAGGAUUCAAGAAUUUUUGCUAUGCUACUGAAUCUUAAAAUAUACCAGAUGCCUUAAAAAAAGAAUGUUAUAAAUGUAAUAUUAGAAAUUGUGAAAUUUGCUUAGAAACAUUAUUAAAAUUAGAAUGUAAAAAAUGUGAAUUCUAAUCAAAAUUAGUAAAUGAAGAAUGUUAAUCUGUUUUUAAUCUUGGAAAUGAACCUAUUCAAUUUUGUUCAGAACCAUAUUAUUUGGAUUCUCAAAAAGAAUGUAAAUUAUGUAGUAUUGAAUAUUGUAAAUAUUGUUUUGAAUACAUAAGUAAUGAUCUAAAAAAAUGUACAUUAUAUAGAGAAUCCUAAUUAUUUGAUAAAAAUGAAUAUCAUAAAGUUGGUUGUGCAUAAUGUGAAGAAGACUUUCUUUUUGAUUUCAUUUUAGGCUAAUGUAUUUUUAGAAAACCAUCAAUCACUAAUUGUUUAAGAUCUUAUAUAAGUUUAGAUAAUAAAGAAAUCUGUACUUUAACAGCAACUGAUGAUUUUAAUGUAGCUCCAGAAAGUAAAUAAUGCGAAAAAUUUAUAAAACAUUGUCGACAAUGUAUAUUAACUCCUGAAAAAGUUAUUAAAUGUGUAUUGUGUGAUGAUGGUUUUACUGCAUCAAUUACAUAAAGUAAAUGUUAUCUUUGUAGUAUUACUUAUUCUAAAAUAUGUAUUGAAGGAUACUUUCGUUUACAAGAUGCAUGGGUUCAAUUUAUAUAAAGCUUUUUGAUGUAAUUCUUACCUAAUAAGUAUUAUUAUCCACCAUCAAAACAAUCUUAUUAAAUUCAAGAAUUAGUUUUUAAAUGUUAAGAAGGAUACAUGCCAAAUUCUAUAAAUAAAUGUAUGAAAUAUUGUGAUUCGGAAUGUUAAUCUUGUUUAUUAUCAAAUGAACCACCAUAUUAAUUUUAUUGUAAUUAAUGUUCUUUAAAUAAUUAUCAACAACCAAUAUUAUCAUAUUAAGAUGGUAACUGUCUUAAAUGUAGUUAAUUAUGUUAAGUAUGUCGAACUAGAACAUUUACAGAUAUAAAUGUAUAUUUAAUAUUUUUAUGUUAGCAAAUUAAUGGUAGAUUUCAAAUUAUUACAGAAAAUUAGAUUUACACUUAUAAAUGCAUUUAAAAGAUAAAUUAUAAAGGUGUUGUCUUAGAUCCUUACAUUGGUGUACCAAAAUAUUGUUUCAAUUAUGGUUGUACAGAUAUUUUUGAAUAUCAUGUAUUUUUAGUUUUUAAUUUUUUUAGUUUGAUAUGAAAUGUCAGAAUUCUCAAUAUAUAUUUGAUCCUAUGAUUUAAGAUUUUUAAGAUAAGAUCAAAUAUUUUAAUGAAUUUGGAAUUCAGAAAUUAAUUUUGAUUGGCAAGUUUAAUGUUCAUUAAAUUGAAUAAUGUAAUGAUUAAGACUACUCAAUAAUUGAAAAUGAAUUGCAAUAUGAUGUUUUUUCACUUUAAAAAGUACAAUUAAAAAUAAUUGGAAAUCAUUACUAAGAUAAUAUAGCAAAUCUUGACUUAGAAAUAAUAAAUAUAGAUGAUAUUGAAAUUGAUUAAAUGUAAUUCUAUAUGGGAAAAAAUUCACAACUGGUUUUCUCUAAUUUUUAGGUUUCAAUAAAUUUAAUCAUAAAAAAUACCAAAUUUUAUUCAUCAUUGAAUGUAGAAUAAGGUUUUACUAUUACAUUUUAUCAAGGAUACUGUUGUUUUGAAGUUGUUUUAAAAAAUGUAACUUUUGUUAAUUUAAAUCUUUAGAAUUUUACUUUAUUUUAAAAUUACUCUAUUCAUCCAAAUGCUACAGUAUUGAUAGAAGAUGUAACUAUUGAAAAUUGCAUUUUUACCAAUUAUAUUUUUUUCUCAUUUCCAACACUUAAUAACAUUAUUAAAAUCUAAAAUUUUCAUUUAUCUAAUACUAAAUUAUAUAAUUCCUCAAUAUUUUUCAUUGGAGAGUCUUCAUUUAUUAAAGUUUAAGGAGAAAAUAUGACCAAUUAUAAUAAUGAGUUUAUUUCUUCAAGCUUUAUUGUAAUUUAAAAAAAAGUCUAAAUCACAUUAAAGUAAUUAUUAUUUAGCAAAUGCAUAUUUGAAAAUUCUAAUACUUUUAUAUUAAAUUUAUAAUCCUCAAUAUCUUACAUACAAGUUAAAGAUAAUAAAUUUAUUAAUUCAAAAUUUAUUUAAAUAAUGUAAACUACAUUUAACGAAAAUUUAUUAAUUUUUGAUUCUAUGCUUUUUGAAUUAAACAAAAUUUUUAAGUCAAUUUUAAUUGAAUCACUAUCCACUAAUGAAAAUAAUUAAACUAUAAUAUAUCUUACAAAUAUUCUAAUUAAUAAUAUUAGUAGAUUAGAAUCGGAUAACUCACUUAUAAGUAUUUUCAAUUUCAAUUGUUAAGUAUUUAAGUUAAUAAAUUGUUCCAUUUAUGAUUCAGAUUCUAUUCUUUUUUUUAAUUUAUUUUAAGUAUCUAGUAUUGAAUUCUAAAAUAUAACUAAUUAGAAUUAAUUUAUAAAGCAAAAACUCCCUUACUCUCCUAAUUGCUUAAAUUAAAUCAAUAUAUAUCAUUAAUUAGUUCAGAUUUAAGGGUUUGACAAUAUUAAAUUAAGAAAGAUAAAAAUAAUAAACUAAUUUAGCAUAGAUAAUCCAAUUUUAUAGAUCUUCUCAAAUGUAUUAUACAAUUAGAAUAUCAAGGAAACAAUAGAUUUAGAAGAAUUUUAUUUUUCUGGAAAUAUUCUAUUAAAAUAAAGUUAUGGAAAAAUCUUUUCUUUAAUUUCUAUAUAUUCAGAAAAAAAGUAACAAAUAUCUUUUAAAAAUAUUUAAUUUAAUGAAAACUUUUAUCAUGAAUAAAUUCAUGAUCCUACAUCCAAAUCAGCUUCUUUACUAUUUUUAGAUUCAUAACAAAGUGAAAUGAUUUUUUCAUAGAUCACUUGUUUUUAAAAUGGGUUAACAAACUCAUCUAAUACUUAUUUUUAUAUGAAUUUAGACAAUAUUGUAAUUAGUUAAAUUUCAAUUAAAAAUCAUAAUUUUUUGGACAAAUAAAUAUGGAAUAAAUAUUACAAUAUUGAUAUUGAUAUUGAUAUAAAUUAGGAUGAAGUUAAUUAUAUAGUGUAAAAAAUUUUUAUAAUAAAAAAUCUUGGGGGUGUUAUGUAAAUUAGUGCAGCAAAAUUUAAUUUAGUUUCUGGAAUUUUUCAUUAUAUUCUUUCAUCUAAUAGUUAAAUUCUUGAAAUUCGAACUUAAAAUUUGGGAAUAAUAAAUUUAAAUGAAUUAGAUAUAAGUUCCAUAGAAACUACAUCUAAUUCUGAAAGUCAAGGAUGUAUUAACAUUUAUUCAAGAAAUAGCUAACUAUAUUUAGAACUUAGAAAUGCUAGGUUUCUAAAUAUUUAUAACAAAUUAAAUUCAGUUUUAUUUGGGAUUACUCCAUCAUUAAAAUAAAAUUUAAUUAAGUUUGAAAAUAUAACAAUGAAUAACUGUAUUUCCUUAUUAAAUCAAUUUAUGAAGAUUGAAUUCUCUUAUAUGAAUUAAAGAUAAAAUUAGAUUUUUUUCAAGAAUCUGAUCAUUAUUUAAAAUUAAGAUGGAUGGAUUAACUAUUUUUAAAAGAUCAAUCAAAUUAGUCUAUUUGAAAUAGAAAAAGUUAACAAAGAUAAUGCAGUUUUAAAUUUGUAUGGAUGUUAAUUAAUUAUAGAAGGAUUAAUAGUUGAAGGAAUUUUCAUCUCUCCAAUAAUUAAAAUUAUAGAUUUUUAGAAAGUUAUUUUUAUGAAUUUUUAUUUAGAUUAAAUCAGUAUGUUUUAUCCAUUGAAUAUUUUUCACUUUGGUUAAUCUGAGGCAAUUAAUUAAUCAAUACAUUUAUAGAAUAUAUAGAUUAAAAAUACUACAUCAUUUACCUAAUGGAUAAAUAAUAAUUCAUUUUUUUAGAUCUUUGAAUUUAACUUUUCAGAAAAAUAAUGUAAAAUAAAAAUAAAUGAUUAUUAUAUUUAAUCAAAAGAAUAAAAGUUUUCUAUUUAAGAGAUCUUAAAUUUAUUAAAUUUAGGUAUUUAUUCAACAGGUUCAUUGAUAUUUUUAUCUAGCAUUUCAAAUCAAAAUAUUAUUGUUUUUAAUUCAAUUUUUAUAAAGGGUAAUAAUUGUUAAGGAUGUCUACAAGGAUUAAUAUCCUUUUAAAUUAAUGAUUUUUUAAAAUUAAGAAUCAAUGAUUUGAUUUGUAUAUUAAAUAAUAUUAGUUAAUAUGGAUGCCUUCAUAUUUAAGCUUCUAAUAUAUUGAAAUAAAAAAUAAAGUUAUAUAACUCUUUAUUUUUAAAAAAUAAUGGUACUUAUGGUUCAGCAAUAUUUACUAAAUUUGCAAGUAUAGAAAUUCAAAAUGUUAAAUUUCUAAAAAAUUAGGCAAGUGAUCUAGGAGGAGCUAUUUACAUGCAAGAUUGUAAAAAUGAUUUUAAGAUAUUAAUGUCACUCAUUUGUGAAAAUAGAGCUCGUUAAGGAGGGGGAAUAUAUUUUAAUGGAAAUAAUUAAAUUGAUAAGAAUAAUCUUAUAAAUUCAUUGAUUCUAUUAAAUUAUGCUGAAUCAUUUACAAAUAAUAUUGUUGAAACUCCUCAUAGUUUAUUUUUAUCAAUAAAUAAUUGUGAAAUGUAAUCAUAUCAAUUUAAAGUUGAAAAUACUACUAUUAAUAUACUAAAGUUAAAUAAUUAUAAAACUUUUGAAUAAGGUACAGUUAUAUAUGCAAAUUAAUUAAUGUUGCCAAGCAAUCAAUAAAUUAAAAAUUAUAAGCUAUAUAAUCCUAAAAUUUAAAGUUUUUAGUCUUAUAUUAAUGAGAUUUCAUUAAACUUUCAAAAUAGUAUGAAUGAAAAGUUAUACAAUGUUUCUAAUUCUAGUUGUUAAGUCUAUCAAAAUAAAAACAAUGAAUCUUUAUAUGCUACAGAAAGUAUAUAAUAAGUCUUUUUUAAUAAGGAAACUAAUAAUUUUGAUUUAAGCCAGUUAUCUUUUACAUAUGAUCCUUAUUAAAAUGAAUAGAAAAAAGUGUAAAUAAAAAUAAAUUGUUCAACCUUCUAAAGAUAAAAUUAUUUACAAUAUCUUAUAACAGGAAAAACUUUUAAAUGUUAAUUAGGAGAAUUUUAUGUUGAUUCAGGUUGUUAAAUGUGUUAGCCAAACCAAGGAUAUUAUUCUGUGACUUAUAAUACAACUAAAUGCUCAAUUUUUGAUAAAACUAAAUUUUAAAGUAUUACUUCUAACAAGAUUUAAUUACUUUAAGGAUUUUGGAGACCAAAUCCUCUUUCAGAUUUAACAGAAUAAUGUUUUAAGAAUUAAGAGGAUUGCAUAGGAGGUUGGGAUGUUGGAAAUAAUUUAUGUUUUAUGGGCCAUAUUGGUGGAUUAUGUGAAGAAUGUGAUAUUUAUAAUAUUAGGGGUAAUGGCAGAUAUUUUAAAGUAUCAUAAGCUUAAACUUGUUCUUUAUGUAUGAAUUUAAAGGAGAGUUUAUUACCUUUUUUCUUUGCAUCAUUCUGGUAUUUUUAUUUAAAAUUUAAGGUCUAUCUUACAAAAUUUAUUGACUUUAAGAAGUAUUGAUUAAUCCAAUUAAUUAUUUUUGUCUUUGAAAUUAAGAUAAAAAUUUAGUAAGAUUUUAUUCAAACUAAAUUAAGGUAAAAAUUAUUAUUUAUCCUAAUAGAUCAUUAAAGUAUUUUAAUAAAAAUGUUUAUUAACUAUUUAUGGAUAUUUUCUGUUAUAUUUACAUUCAAUAUUUAAUUCUCAUUGUCUUUUGGAUUAGUUGAUUAAGCAAGUAAUCCUUCAAAUUUUAUGGCUACAAGCUUGGAUUGUCUUGUAACUGAAAUUUCAGUAGCUUAAUUGAUUUAUUCAAGAAUUAUUACUAUCCUUAUUCUUGUCUUAAUAUAAUUAUUAAUUGUGAUAUUUGGAUUUUUUAUUUACUCUAUAGCAGUUAAAUAAAAAUUUGAUAAAACAAUAAUAUCAAAUACUUCUCUUUAUUUAUAUGUUUCCAAUUAUGCUUCAAUUAUUAAACAGUAUAAUCAAUAUUAUUAUUAGAACAAUCUCUUUAUUGGCUAAGAGACAAAUUUCAAACAUUGAUUAUGUACAGGGAAAUGUAUCUAUAGAAUUUGAUACAUAAAAUCAUUAUACAUGGAUUAUUUGGUUAGUUAUUCCAGGAUUUUUUGUAAUAGGUAUAUUAAUACCUCUUUUUUUGUUUACACUAAUGUUCAUUCUUAGAAAAUAACUAGAUUAAAUAAGACUGAGAAGACACAUAUGUUAUAUGUUUAACGAAUACAAUGAUUAAAGUUAUUAUUGGGAAUUUAUAAAAAUUUGGAAAAAAACUAUUUUUAUUUUUAUACUCACAUAUUUUGAAACAAACAUCUAUUUAAAAGGAUCUUUAUUUGGAUUAUGUUUAUUAAUUUAUCAAGCUAUAUGUGUAUCAAAAAAACCAUAUAUUAUUCAAAAAUUGAAUAAUCUUGACUUAUUAACUGGAUAAAUAUGCUCAAUAUCAAUAUUUUUAGCAGUAAUUAAAUAUGUGAGUGAAUAGUAAGAAAAUUAAAUAUGGUCAAAACUUCUCUAAACUAUAAUAAUGAUACUGUGUAUUAAAUUAUGUUAUCCUUUUAUUUUUGAUAUCCUUUAAUCUUAUUAUAACAUUUAUAAGAUAUCUUUUUUAAAAUUAUUAUUUUAAUUCCUCAAUUCUUUCAUACCUAAUUAGUUUCUCACUAAAUUAAUUAAAAAGAAAAUUAUUUAUUGGGAAAAUAAACAAUUUGAACUUUAAUUUAAAUUUAGAAAAUUGAAAAAAUAUUUAUUUUCGAUCUCAAAAUCAGAAUAAAAGGAACGAAAGUAUAUUUAAAAUAAUAUAUAGAAAAAUGCUCCUAAUAGUAAGUCCUCAAGUUGAAUUGGAGAAAUGUAAAAUUAAAAAUUAAGAAAAAUUUGAUAGAUUUGAUUCUAUUAAGAUGAAUUGA